GCUGCGUAGAAUGCAAAAAUGGCUAAUACAGGCAGCACUACAUCCUCUAUGACCUCUACAUCACAUACAAUGACUGCUUUUCCACCUGCUGCCAAGCCAUCCCUACUUCCCGCCAAGACCACCGUGGUAGCCUCACCAAUGGCAAACCUUCUCGAAGCUCUCGCACCCGCCAACAGACAUACAUUUAUAGCUCCUCCAUCGGCUCUGCCCCAGACCAGCUUGGCGUAUCUUAAGGAGACUUUGGAUUCCGUCGCAGGGAAGCUAGGGGAGGAGCAAACAGAGAGACUAAAGGAGCAGAGGAGGAAACGGAAGCGAGGUGAAGGCCGCAAAGAGGAGGGAGAGGUGCUGAAGAUUAGGAAGGUUCAUACGGAGGGUUUUGAGGUCGAGCAGGUCUGGGAGCAAGCGAGAAGGGUUAUUGAUGCAUUGAGAGGAGAUGCGGAGAGAGCUUUAGAAGAAUUGGGCGAGGUUGAAGUGGAGAGUGAGGAUGAGGCGGUAAUGGGAGAUGGUGGGGUGAAGCUGUUGAAGUUUGAUGAAGAUGGAUUCGAAGUGGGAUUUGAUGAUGAGAGUCUGGAAGAAGAGCAAGAAGUGUCCGGGUCAGAUGAAGAGGAUGGCUUUGAAGAAGAGGGGGUCGAUGGGGAAGGCAGUGCCGAUGAAGUCGAAUUUGACGGCCUCGAUGGCGAGGACGACUUUGAGGAUGAAGACGACGAAGUUGAAGAACCUACUGGUGUCUUUGUAGAAGAUCCAAAUGGGUUGAAUGACGGCUUUUUCUCGAUCGAAGAAUUCAACAAGCAGACUGAGUUCCUGGAACGACAAGAUGCUGCAGGCGAUCUCUAUACGGGGGAAGCAAGCGAUGAGGAAGAGAUCGACUGGGAUGCCGACCCACUAACAAUGGCGGAAAAUCCUGCGUCUAGUUCUCGGCGGGCUGCUGCAAUGGAUGUCGAGGAUGAUGGGAUCGAGGAAAUGGAUGACGAGGAGGAAGACGGCCCGACCUUUGGAAACAUGGAUCUGAACGCUCCUGAAGGAGAGAGUGAAGAUGGAGAGGAAGAUCUUGAGAUGGAUGAGGGUGUUGAUCCCGCAGGCGACAACACGAACGAUAUUCUCUACAAGGAUUUCUUUGAGCCUCCACCACGAAAAGCUGCAAAGGGGGAACGACAAGCAGACUAUUUAGAACGACAAUCUCAAAAGGGUAAAGCAAUAGAACCUGAAGAUGACUCAGCCGGGAUAGAACGUGCUAUGGCAGAUGUUCGGCGAGAUCUAUUCGACGAUCUCUCAGAGGAAGAAGGCUCAGAAAAUGCAUUAUCAGAUGUAGACCCUGCGGAUCCCAAAUCUAGAAAGUCAGCACACGAACGCCGACAAGGAAAGCUCGCAGAAGAGAUUCGCCGUCUCGAAGCAGCAUCGGUAGCGAAACGAGAAUGGACGCUUGCUGGAGAAGCUCGAGCAGCAGACAGACCUCUAAACUCAUUGCUCGAGGAAGAUCUCGAUUUUGAACGUACAGGCAAGCCUGUCCUAGAAGUGACAGCUGAGGUCACGGAGAGUAUCGAGGAACUCAUCAAACGACGAAUCUUAGCCCAGGAAUUCGAUGAGGUGAUUCGUCGACGACCAGAUAGUGUACCUGCGAAUACUCGCAGAGGAGCAUUCGAGCUGGAUGACAGCAAACCGCAGCAGAGUCUUGCGGAAAUGUACGAGGAAGAGCAUGUCAAAGCCCACAAUCCAGACACCUAUGUCAGCAAGGCUGAUGAGAAGCUGCGAAAGGAGGAAAAAGAAAUAGAGGCACUGUGGAUAGAAGUCAGUGCCAAACUUGAUGCUCUGAGCAGCUGGCAUUACAAGCCCAAACCUCCAGCUCCAAGCCUGACUGUUGUUUCCGAUGUGGCGACUGUAGCUAUGGAAGAUGCCCAGCCAUCCACUGCUAGUGCUAUCAAUGGAGGCUCGAGUAUGUUGGCACCGCACGAGAUCUACAAAGCUGGCAAGGAGAAGGAGAGUAUCGAGAAGGGAGAGGUUGUGCUGAAGAGCGGUGCUCCCGUUGCGAGACAGGAGAUGACGAGGGAGGAGAAACUGCGGAGGCGAAGAAGAGAGAAGGAGAGAAUCAAGAAGAGAGGUGGUGUUGAGCUUAACCAACGACCGGAGAGUAAGAAGACUAAGCAGAAGAGGGAGACCCUCGGAGAGCUCAAGAAAGGUGGCGUCAAAGUCAUUGGGAGGAAAGGAGAUAUCAGAGAUGUUGAAGGGAACAAAGUUCAAGCUGCAAAGGCUAUCAACGGAGCUGGCGGGUUCAAGUUAUAGGGGUCGCCCAAUCAAUUUAUUAACUUGGCACAUCCAAGUGUAUCUACUGGCUUGCACAAUCCCAUUUCUGCCUUGACCGAUGGAAUGGAC